AUGAAGUUUUCUCUCUCUUUCUCAAACUGCUGCAAUUUGUCAGCAGAUGUCAAUAAAAUCACGCAUGGCAAACAAAUUACAGAGAAUUUUCACAUUUUCUCUUACAAUGAAUUGAAAGCUGCCACCCAUGGUUUUAGUUCUUCCAACAAAAUUGGAGAGGGAGGGUUUGGCUGUAUCUAUAAGGGCCAGCUUAGAGAUGGUACUGUGGUGGCUAUAAAAGUGCUAUCAGUUGAUCUUGAAUCGAUGCGAGGUGAGAGGGAGUUUAUAUCUGAGAUAGCUGCACUCACCCAUAUCAAACAUGAAAAUCUUGUUGUACUUCUAGGAUGUUGCGUUGAUGGAUCUCACAGACUCUUGGUUUAUGAUUACAUGGAAAACAAUUGCCUCGCGCAAACCUUCCUUGGUGGAGAGAAUAACAGAAUUAAGUUUAGUUGGACAAAAAGGAGGGAUAUCUCAUUAGGAGUUGCUAGCGGCAUUGCCCAUCUCCAUGAAGAGCUUAGUCCUCAUAUCGUGCACCGGGAUAUUAAGGCCAGCAAUAUACUUCUUGAUCAUAAUUUUAGACCAAGAGUUUCAGAUUUUGGGCUGUCAAAGCUGUUUAGAGAUGGCAUUUCGCAUAUUAGUACUCGUGUUGCUGGGACAUUAGGCUACAUUUCUCCUGAAUAUGCUGUUACCGGACACUUGACACGAAAAUCAGAUGUUUACAGCUUUGGGGUUUUACUAUUGGAAAUUGUCAGUGGCCGGCCUGUUGUGGAUUUCAGCUUAGAAGAUGGGGAGCAGCACCUAGUCAAGAAGGCAUGGGCAAUGUACAAUACUGGCAAGCUUUUGCAGCUAGUGGAUCCUGUACUAGGUACAGAUUUUUUGAAGGAAGAAGCUGUCCGGUUAUUGAAGGUCGGCCUGCUCUGCGUGCAAGAAACCACCAGCCUUCGCCCGCACAUGUCUGCAGCUGUCAAGAUGAUGACUAAUGAGAUGGACUUAGAAGAUGCCAAGGUAACACAACCUGGAUAUAUCACGAACCUCAUGGACAUUAAAAUAGGCCAUAGAGAUACUUCACAUUGCAGUUUCUCCAAGGCCUUCACCAGUGAUCGAUCAAGGAGCUAGGUCCAAAGAACAUCCACUUGGGCCAGAUCAAUGACAAUGUCCGUGU